AUGAGCUCGGAUGAAGACGAAGUGAAGCUCUACAGCGCAUUGGAGCGCAACAAGAAGCGCCAUAUGAUGGUAUCACUCUCGUCCUCGUCCGAUGACGAAAACGACGGUGAAAAUCACGAGGAAUAUUCGAUACAAGAGACGCAAAUGAAGAGGCGAAAAAAUAGCUUUUUGCCGACAGAAAGUGAAAAUAAUCUUGCUGCAGGGAGAAAAACGCUGGACGACAGCGAUGACGACGAGAAUGACUUGUACACACCAAUGGAACGUGAGGCAGAACGUUUGAGAAAAGAGAGGCUCGAAAAAGAGAUUCGUCAAAAACUGGAAAAGGACAAACUGCUUAAUCAAACACGGUCCAUCUUGAAAAAAGUUUCGACUACAAAGAGACAGGCCGUAAACAAUACGGAAGUCAUUUCGCUGGACUCUGAUUCCAGUGAUGAGCAUAGCGAGUCCGUGGCACACCCAUCGCAGCCAAUUAUGGACAAAGGACCGCGGAUUACUCUGCAUGUUCGUUCGAAUGGUGGAUCUAUCGAUGACAUUUGUAUUUACAAGGAAGAGACCUUCGACCAGCUUUGCACAAGGUUCUGCGAUUUGCAUGGAUUACCGCGAUCAGCUGUUAAGAUGUCGCUUGAUGGCGAGGUUUUACAGCUUUCCAAAACCCCUGCUAGCGAAGACUUGGAUACAGGCGACAUUAUUGAAGCUAAAGUCGACUUUACGCAGCAGAAUGAAGCCAAAAAGAAGAAGUAUCUGCGUUUACGACUAAUAAAAUCUGGCAAGCGAUCCGAAGUAUUUAAAAUUGACUCGACUUCAACGGUCGCCAAACUUCAUGGAAGUUACUGCCAGCGGCAUGACAUUGUUAAUCCAGACAAUGUAAUUUUAAGUAUACAUGACCAAGAGCUUCGCUUGAACGAAACUUUGAAGUAUUACGGUUUGAUUGACAAUGAUGAAAUCUUGGUAAGCUUCAAGAAUCUUGCGGCUUCAAUGCCACAGCCUCAGCCCAUUCAAUUACAGCUUCGAUUUGCAAAUGGCGAUCUCGAGACCCAUUAUAUCAAUCUGACAUCCAAGAUCCAAAAUUUGCUCGCGAAGAUCGCAAACAAGCAUAAGUGCAGAGUAUCCAGUUUAUUGCUCCUUAUUGAUGGUGAGAAAAUGUCAGCAUCGCAAACAUUUAAGGAUUACGGUAUAGAAGGUGGGGAGAUAAUCGAGAACAUGUCGGUCAAUUAUUUACUAAUGCCAUCAUACUUGGCUCCUAUUCUUGGCUUUCGACAUCAGCAUUACAAGCAAAAGUGUUAA